AUGUCGGUGUUGCAGACAUUCCUGCUGGUCGUAGACCACGACAAGCAGGAGGCCAAGCAAAUCGCUGAACGAGUUGCUCAAGAUUUGGAGAACAAAAAGACGACACUCAUCGACGUUGUACAGUCUUUAGGCGAAUAUAUCAACGACGAAGAUCCUAUUUUGCGUGGCAAAGCUGUCUCGUACCUUACCGCUGUGAUCAUUGCACUUCCUCCGAAGUUCCUUACAAGACAGCAAACCCAGGUUCUGACCACGUUCUUUUGUGAUCGCAUCGAAGAUGGAGGAGCUGUUACGGGUCUGGAAACUCUGCAAAAACUGGAUCGUUUCAAUAAAGAGUUAGCUGAGGAGGUGGCACGAGCCAUUUUUGAGCAUUUCCAGGAAUUGCAGUCUCGAUCACAAUCCCAGCGAUUUCAAGUUUAUCAAUUACUAAAUGAAUUGAUGUCCAACCAUCGAGCCGCCCUGCAUGACAUGGGAGACGACUCUUUGGUUGGAAUCGUGGACAUUAUGACAGGAGAGAAAGACCCCCGUAACCUCAUGUUGGUAUUCUCUAUCUUGAAAGUGGUAAUGGUAGAAUGGGAUAUUUUAAACCACGUGGAACUCUUAUUUGACUCCGUAUAUAAUUACUUCCCUAUCACGUUUAGGCCCCCACCGAAUGAUCCAUAUGGUAUCACCUCGCAAGACUUGAAGGACCGUCUGCAGGACUGUAUCUCGUCUACAAGUCUAUUCGCACCGCAUGCCAUACCGUCAUUGUUGGACAAACUUGACUCGACGUCACCGAAUGUCAAGAAAGAUGCACUCAACGCCUUGAUCGCUUGCGUUCGUUCGUAUGAUCCGGAUACUGUAUCCAGAUACUCAAUUACCAUUUGGGAUGCUCUAAAAUUUGAAAUACUCAACUCGCAAGAGGAAUUCCUCUCUGAGCUUUCUCUUGAUAUUUUGCAAAAUAUCACGAAACGAUUAUCUGAGGGCGUCACAGAGAUCUCCGAUCAGUUGCCUUUAGCACAGUACCUACGGCCAAUUACCAGGGAGUGCAAUGAGCAAUUGCGGGAGCCUCAACAGAAACAAGCAAGGCCUGCUCAGCAGAUUCUUGGCUCCGUCUCAGCUGCUUCUGUUGCUGCGCUCAUACUUGCCGUACAGGCAGUUGUUCCACCGCUGUUAACCAUCUACCAGGAAGCUGAUGGUAUCGCUAAACAAAGAGCAUUGCUAGAGACUUUGAUAGUUCUCUUUGACUCGGCAAUCAAAGUAUUUGGAAAAUGGACUACGAGGGAUCCUGAGCCUAUUGCCAGAAAUCCUUUGCUUGAAUUCAAAGACCAGUUCUCAGAUAUUUUUGGUCAGGCUUUAAUGGGCGUAAUUAAAGAAGAAGUUUCCUUCCGCGUUUCUGCUUUGACAGGAUUCUUGCGCCUAUCAACAUUGCGCGGUUACUUCCAAGAUAACGAAAUUGGUCUAUAUGUACAAUACCUUGAUGAGAUCCUGCUCAAGGAAGAGUCCAUGGGGCGAGACGAUCUCAAGAAAGAUGCAAUUUCAGCUUUGGCUGAGAUCUCAAAGUACAAACCAAGACUUAUCAUGGACAUUACUUUUCCUGCGUUUGUGGCGACGCUCCCAGACUCCGGCGACGAUACGAACUCUGAUUACUUGACAACGCUCGAGAAUUUGGCGCAAAUUAGCAUCGAAAAGGAUAUCUUCGAGACAUUAGUUCGGCGGUUGCUUAGCAAACUAACGAUACUGCUUCAGAUGGAGCAGCGUGGAUCUGCAGCCUACCCAAGGACAAUCCUUAUGGCCAUUCUCUAUGUCAUGAGUCAACGGCAGAUGGACCAAGAUCCAAACCUUGGAUUCUACUACGACAAGAUAGUAGUCAGCCUAUGCCGCAGUGCAGCAGAGUCUGCUUCAGGCAAGGCUGAAAACAGCAUUCUCAACGACGUUACGGUGCUAGAUGUCCUCGGAAGGCUCUGUAACCUCAUUGUUAGAUCCCUUCCAAGAGAGAAACAAGAUGAGGUUGCAGAGAACGUCUACUCCCUAUUUUCUUCUGCAGACCAUUUCUCACCGGUCCCAUUUGCACCAUCCGCAAGUAACAGCCAACAACGUACAAUGAUUAUCUCAACAUAUCUCCUCGCGGGACUUCAGGCCGAUUGUACAAAGCUCCCAUACAAGAGCCCAAACAUAUCUGCUCUGCUAUCUGAUAUUUCAAAGCGAUCCGUUUCUACAUGUGAACCACCCACCCAUCUUGCCCUGCUUCGCCAUCUUUCUCUUCUGGUCAAUAAAUUCCUACCUAAAUCCGAACUGGCCCUCGCCACAGACCUAAUUGACUCUCUCCUCCCUGCCGGUACCGAAACAGAGAAAAUCAGUCCUGAGAAGCUAGCAACCGUGUUCUGGCUCUCCAAGGCCCUAGUCCUAAGACUAGCCCCCCAAACAUCCCAGCUCCUAACAUCACUACUGGCACUUGUAUCAUCUCCAGACGAAGGAACCAGUACCACAGCCGCGCGCGGAUUCACCAUCCUUCUCAGAGACGACGACGUACUUUCCCCCUCCAACGGGGCCAAUAUCCGACUUCUAUCGAAGCAACGCGUCUUCACGACCUUGGUACCUCUUAUCUCGAGCAAGAUCAGAGAAGUCAAUGUCGCCGGCAAAGAGUCAUCCGCCCCCGCUCACGUCAAGUCCGCUCAUCUCACAGCCUUAUCGGGGAUUUUGUCUACUAUUUCUCCUUCCAUGGUUAUGCCCGAACUCCCAACCCUGCUCCCCCUCCUGCUGCAGAGCUUGGACCUCCAAACAGCUGACUCGCAGCCUGUGAGGGCUGCAACACUCGACACCCUUGCCGUGAUUAUCCGCGAGAACGGCGUCGGUGUAAUCGAGGAAUGUGGCCACGUCCAGAGCCUUGUCACCCGACUUCUCAACACGACAAAGUGUACUCUCGCUACGGAAGAUGUCGACCCGGACAGACAACCUAUUCCCGUCAAUGGGCCGCGAUUGCGUGCCGAUGCACUGAAAUGUCUCUUCCUGCUCGCGCAGACCCCCGCAUCUGAUGCGCCGGCUGUCGCCAAGGCAGGAAAACUCUCCCCACUCCUCCCUGUCAAAGGCCAAGUGUUACGGUCUCUACGCAUGGUUCUUGAUGAUCCCAAACGAGACGUGCGUAAAGCAGCCGUUGAUGCACGUGGUGCUUGGCUCAGAGGCGUUGAUGAUGCGCCAGAUGAUGAAGACUAG